CUCUUGCUAUAAAAAGACAGUAGCCUUUCUGGAGAAGAGCCUUUCUUAUUUUGUGUGUUAGUGCUUGGAGAGAGAGAUAGAAACAGAAAGAAAUCGUCAUGGCUCAUGGGAGAUAUGAUAAUAAUUAUAGGAAGAAAAGCGGCCAGAUUCCUAGAUUUGGAGAUUGGGAGGACGCAAAUGAGAUGCCAAUAACACAAUACUUCGAGAAUGCAAGACAAGCUGAAGCCUUGAAGCUUGCUUCUCACCAUCCCCGUCCACGUCACCUCCAUCAUUCAAGACAGACGGCGGGGACGAAGGAAAAGAGGGGACCACAAAGGCGCGUGCGUGACGUCAGUUCACAGACAGACAAGUAUUAUGUAGACGUCACCGGAGUGAAACACGACGUGGCUCCGGCUUCGAGGCCACCUAAGCCCGUUGAUGAGGAUCUCUACAAGAUUCCUCCUGAGCUUAUCUAUUCUUCAAGAAGGAAGAGAAGGUCUGGCUUUUUAGCAUGUUUGGUUCCAUGUGCAUCUUGAACUAAAAAAGGAAGAAUGAAGACAAGGAGAAGUAAAAGUAGGAUCAUGAAUUAAAUAAUGUAAUUUGUAUUUUCUUAUUUAAUUUGAUUUAAUAUACAUAUAUGAUAUGUUAUAUAUAUGUGGCUUGGCAGAAAAAGAGAGAGCAUACUCAUGGUUUAUAGAAAAAGAGGAACAAAGUAAUAGCGUAGUUGUCCUUUUGCUCUUGAUAAGGGAUUAUUGAUCAGUUUCGUAGUGUGCUCUUGUUACAUCGAUCUCUACUUUAUAAAGUUUUCUCUAGUCGUCACGUCGGUUCUCAACAUUCUUUUUGUGUGUGUUUUCCUUUUAAGAGAUUUACUGAAAAGUUAUAUUUUGCAUGUUGAAUA